GUCGUCCAUGGCGGCGCGGUCACGUCUUCAAAGAUGGCAGCGCCCAUGCAGCGGCGCUGUAAACGGCGAUCAAUAGCGAUGUUGCGAGGACGAUGUCUGAUGCUUGCUGAGGGAGGAGUGGCCAUUACACACCAUCUUGUUUGAUUUAUUAUGAUCGGUUUCUUUCAUAUUUUUGUUGACAUCAAAAAAAUAUCUAAAUACUGCUCGUUUCUCGGCCUAUCCUCACAUCGGGUUUGUCUCAUUGUUGAAAUAAUCAUUAUCAUCAUCAUCGCCAUAGAGUCGGUGGCAACAUUCGAGAAAGGCGUAUAUUGUUUCUAAUAUUUGUAAUGGUGGUUAGGUAAAUAAAUGGUCGCCGGAAAACGAUACAGAAUGUUCACGCGUCAAUAUUUAACUAUACAUUGAAGGACGUACACAUUCUGCAGGAUUGGUGUGGCAAAUACCCAAUGGCUAAUACCAAAGAAAGAUCAAAUCGAAUAAGCCGUUGAAUAUAAUGCGCGACUACAGUAAGAAGUUGGUAUGCUUUAGAUAUAUCUGUGAGGGCCUGCAUUAUGUGUUCAGGUUUUAUGUAGGCGUUUUUUUUUUAUUACUCAGAAGAGAGGUGCGCUCUCUGGCGCUACUUUGCCGGUCAGCAUACAGGACUAUUAUAAGCCUGUUUGCUGGAGCUGUAUAUACACACACGGCAAGAUUCCGACCCUGCAGAAGCUUUCGCUUUAAGCAUUGUCAUUUUGGCAGCAGUCAUAGAAGCCUACACAAAUGCCGGUCGGCUGCGUAUGCAUGCUGUUUCUCAGUAUAGAGCGAAGAACGAGGAUAUAGUUGGUGCGUCCUGUAACCUAUCAUGCCAUUGAGCUUGUCAUGACUACGCGUGUGUUGCUCAUAAUUUCAUUUGUGUGUAUGUUUUCAUUCCAUACUUCGCGCAGUUAUGAGAUCAUACGACCUCUUCAUACGUGGCGAUGCGCCUCCGCGCUCAUUCACCCAUCAUCAUUAUUUUCUUCUUGCUGUCAUAUGUCAGCGCUGCAUGUUUGAAGGCCAUACUAAUUCAGUCUGUGAGGAACGACAUUGAAUUUCACGUAUACGUUUAUUACCGACACACGGAAGGGAAAGGAAAAGGGAAGGAACGGAAUAGCGUGCGGCCACAUCAGCUCGUUAUUUUUUCAGCAGCUAGCAUGCUUACCUAUGCGUGGCGCUGGCGCGCCUUUCGCGAGCAGCGUAUGCGCGCGGUCGGGCAGUCUCGAGCUGCUACCCGCCUUGUUCAAACGAUCCCCGGGGACCGUUUACCGCGGAUACUGCAGCUGCCUCGACCACGAACCUUCGUGCCGCUGCAGUCCUCGCGGAGACGCAUCGAGGCCGGCCUGGACAGCAUGGACAACUACGUCAUGAUAGAGAAGAUCGGGGAAGGCACGUACGGCGUCGUGUACAAGGCGAGGUGCAAGCGGAACAACAAGACCGUGGCGAUGAAGAAGGUCCGCGUCGAGGGCGCAGACGAAGGAGUGCCGUCGACGACCAUACGAGAGGUGACCCUCCUCAAGGAGCUGACGCACGAGAACAUAGUGCGCCUCGUAGACGUCGUCAUGCCGGGAUCCAACAGCGCCAUGUACUUGGUGUUUGAGUAUAUGGCCACGGACCUCAGGAGGCGCCUGGACUCGCUGCCCAAGGACAAGAAGCUGGAUGUCGCCGUGGUCAAAAAGUACGUUCGCCAGAUCCUUGACGCCAUCGUCUUCUGCCACCAGCGGCGAGUACUGCACCGUGACCUGAAGCCCGCCAACCUGCUUAUCGACCGGGAGGACACGAUCAAGGUGGCCGACUUCGGCUUGUGCCGCGCGCUCACGCUACCCGUGCGCCCGUACACGCACGAGGUGGUCACCCUGUGGUACCGAGCCCCCGAGGUCAUCAUGGGCACCCGCCGCUAUUCGACGCCCGUCGAUGUUUGGAGCAUCGGAUGCAUCUUCUUCGAACUGGCCACGGGCAAGGUUCUGUUCCGCGGGGACUCGGAGAUCGACCAGCUGUUCCGCAUAUUCCGCGUCCUGGGCACGCCGACGGACGAGACGUGGCCCGACGUGGCGCAACUGCCGAACUACAAGCCGAACUUUCCCUUUUGGAAAGAGAGCAUCCUGUCCGAGCUGCUCCCGGAGAUGGACGGCGAUGCGGUCGAUGUGCUUAAGAAGAUGCUCCUCUACGUUCCCGGCAAGAGGAUAUCGGCCCGAGACGCCCUGGCACACCCCUACUUCGCCGGCUCGAGUGCUUCCAAGCAGGCCGACGCCGAACUCAAAGUGGAUUGAGGCAGAGUGCGCCUUCCGACUCCGCAGGCACCGCAGAACCCGGAGAUCUUCCACCGCAGAACACGGAUGGUGAAAUGCGAAGAGCACGGCUUCGGGAAACGGCAGCGUAGGGUUUUCAGUUGUAAAUAAAGAGAGUUCAAACGCAUGUUUAAUGUAUGUGAUAUUUCAUGAGGGCUGGCUACGGGAAUUUAUUUUAGUUUGACCUCUCUGCAUUUCAUAUCAUUAAACGUUUCUUUCUCUAUCUCUCUCUCUCGAUUAGGAAAAGCAAUACGAGGACUGCCGCGAAUAAAUAUCGCGAAAAAGGUGCAACAUCUACUGCUCAAGCAGAAUCUCGCUUUAUGCUAGUUAGAUGUUCAUGUCGAAGGAAAGCAAGCGGCGCAGAAAAAAAAAAAAAAAGAAGACAUGUGCAGAGUAACGGGACCUAGGCGA